AUGCUUGGCUUUCCAGGUAAUUGUAUUUUAAACUAAGCAACUCUGUUAGGAAGUCACUAUACAAAUCUUAGAAGUGCAUAUGAUCAGACCGAGGGUUUACCUGUGAAAAUAUGAGGCCAGCGGGCACCCUGUCGCUGGUUUGCGCAAUUUUUAUACAGCGCAGAAAUCGGAUUUUUCUGUUCCUUUGUACGUCGCAACGAAUCCAAAGAAAUUAUUUGUAGUACAAUGAAGUUAUUCCAAGAGGCACUAUUUUUAAAGGCAAUUUAUACAUGAUUAAUUUCACAAAUAUUUUAUUAAAGUGAUUAAUUAAAGCAAUAAGUUCAAUAGUCAAACAUGGUGUCCCUCUUUGUAAGGUUACAAAGUUCAAGUUUAUAGUAACGAGACCUUCCCGUUUAGAAAUCUCAUGACAUUUAGAUUUUUAGUGAUUCAAAUGAACCCGAUUCACAGUCGUGAAGUAAAUAAAAUAUAUAAAGUAAAAAAAAAGAAAAGAAAAUGAGGGACCUGAUCGAAAUAGUUCGAAUCGUUAACACGAGGAGCCGCAAGCGGUGGUAUUUUUGCACGGCAUCUGGCGGCACAUCAAAGAAGGGCAAAUUCCUAGAAUAUCUUCGCCAGUUAAGCUAGAGAAAAGGUGUUAAAAAACCUCAGGAUCCAAAACAACACGUCAAUCAAAAUAUCACUUGGACCGUUUCGCUAAUGAAGAGCUAUCACGCGGCUAAGCUUGAAUUAGACAUAUAUUGAAAUAGGAACUCGUGUCAAUAAAGUAUCAGAAGUGAGUGGGAAUCGCUCCUGGUUAAAAAACUGGUUUACAGGGAUAUGCAUCUCUUCUAGUUAAGGUCUCGGUAAAGGAAAACGAGGUGCCCACAGAAAAAAAUUCUACUCGCGUGAGUAUUUUUGCUACAAAGGCAAGUUAUAUAUCAAAUUAAAGCUAAAAGACUAAAUUACCUUAUAGAAGAUUUUAUUUCAUCGAACUUCAAAAGGCGCUUAAGUUUUUUGCUCUCGAACUCAGAGGUAUCGAGUUUACUGCUGAAGCUCCAGGCCUUUCGCGUUGUUAAAUAUUCACUUCCUUUUUAUUGCAUCUGAUUGACAGAUAAAAGACUUAAAGAAGGGUGUGAGGAAAUUUGCAUAUGUCUCGUAUUAGCGGAAUUAUUGCAUUUCAAACUAAAAAGUUGAAUCUCGAGCGCGAUUUACGCAAAGAAACUGACAUAAAAUGAGUUACAAAGGGAAAUCGGAAAAUUCCUCACACCCUUUUUUAGGUCUUUUAUCUGUCAAUCAGAUGCAAUAAAAAGGAAGUGAAUAUUUAACAACGCGAAAGGGCUGGAGCUUCAGCAGUAAACUCGAUACCUCUGAGUUCGAGAGCAAAAAACUUAAGUGCCUUUUGAAAUUCGAUGAAAUAAAAUCUUUUAUAAGGUAAUUUAGUCUUUUAGCUUUAAUUUGAUGUAUAACUUGCCUUUGUAGCGAAAAUACUCACGCGACUAGAAUUUUUUUCUGUGGGCACCUCGUUUUCGUUUACCGAGACCUUAAGAGAAGGGAAUCAGAACUGCUUUUCAUACAGGAACAGGUUUUCUUCGGGCUAACUACAAAACUUCAGCUUAUUUCACUACUUGACAUUGUCAAAGCGCAUUUUGUAAAGAUAACUUUUUCCGCUUUAUCACCUUUUUUUAUAAUCUAUUCCAUUAAUGUUUAACCUCCCUCAAAUAGCCAAAUAAUAUAAAUGUUGUUGUUAAAAAAAGCGUUUUACCUGCUUUCGUGAAUAUCACUAUGCUCAAAGGACAGGGCAAAUUUUCCAGGAGAGAGGCAUUAAUUUUUUUCGCGCGAAGUUACAAAGAGAAAAUGCAAUGAUUAUUAUUAACGUAACCAUCAGGUAUACUCUACCCACGAGUUUACGGACAGCAAAUACGGUGAUUAUUAUUAAUGUAACCAUCAGGUAUGUUCUACCCACGAGGUUACAAAGAGAAAAUGCAAUGAUUAUUAUUAACGUAACCUUCAGGUAUGUUCUACCCACGAGGUUACAGAAAGCAAAUGCAGUGAUUAUUCUUAAAUGUAACCAUCAGGUAUACUCUACCCACGAGUUUACGGACAGCAAAUACGGUGAUUAUUAUUAAUGUAACCAUCAGGUAUGUUCUACCCACGAGGUUACAAAGAGAAAAUGCAAUGAUUAUUAUUAACGUAACCUUCAGGUAUGUUCUACCCACGAGGUUACAGAGAGCAAAUGCAGUGAUUAUUAUUAAAUGUAACCGUCAGGUAUAUUCUACCCACGAGGUUACAAAGAGAAAAUGCAAUGAUUAUUAUUAACGUAACCUUCAGGUUUGUUCUACCCACGAGGUUACAGAGAGCAAAUGCAGAGAUUAUUACUAAAUGUAACCGUCAGGUAUAUUCUACCCACGAGGUUACGGAGAGCAAAUGCAGUGAUAUUAUUAAUGUAACCAUCAGGUAUGUUCUACCCACGAGGUCACAAAGAGAAAAUGCAAUGAUUAUUAUUAACGUAACCUUCAGGUAUGUUCUACCCACGAGGUUACAGAGAGCAAAUGCAGUGAUCAUUAUUAAUGUAACCAUCUGGAAUGUUCUGCCCACGAGGUUACAGAGAGCAAAUGCAGUGAUUAUUAUUAAUGUAACCAUCAGGUAUGUUCUACCCACGAGGUUACAGAGAGCAUGCAAAUGCAGUAACAAUUAUUAGAUUUUAGUGCAGCUAUCAAGUUGAGUUCCUUCAUUAAAAGAGUUUUUUGCUAGGGUUAAACAAGUUUGGCUUUCAUGAGUUUUAAGGUGCAAGAAAUUAUCAGUAUAAUUAUAGCACACAAACAUUGUCAUCUAAUUUUUCGCACGUAGCCGGAAUAAGCCACGAAAUGAAGCAUAUAUAAAUAAAAAUCGUCCUCAGAUGAUCUCCAUAUUAAGUAAAUUAUACUAAACGUUGCGAAAGAAAUUAUUGUUUGUAUCCGUCUUAUCCAUCGUAAAAGCGAGGGGUCAUCGCAUGACAUCCGGUAUAUUAAACAGAGGUAAUACUCACGGGUUUCACGAGUUGUAUGCACUAUUUUUCGCCGAGAAACAAAUUUAAACUUCAAUUCUUACCUUACAGUAGUCCGUUCUUUCACCUUGCAUUCGACAACAAAUCUGUUAAAGGCGAACAAAGCGAUUCCGGCACUCUUCUUUAUGAUGAGUAGCAAGCCACAGGAACUGAAGCCGUUUGAAAGAAGUAAAAUCCACCGAUACGCACGGCAUUCUCACUACAAAUAUAAACAAACGUCGCGGGCAAAAAAAGACGAGGAGGAAAAAAUGCCAGAUCUUCGCCUCGGCAAUGUAUUCCAGCUACCAUGCCGGCGUAUCUCCAGAAGGUGGACUCGAAGUGGGACAAACCUUGUGAUUUUUUUUUAGAAGCCCUUUGCGCGCAAACUAAUUUAUUCUGGCGCGAAAUGAAGAUUAACAAUAUGUAUACUGAAAUCUAAUCCACGACAAGAAGAUUUUCGCACUGUAGCGCGACAUAUUAAAUGCCUAUUUUUCCAAGUACGCGGAGAAAGUGGUCCACUAGUUUAACUUUUUUUAAGAUGAAUUUACUCCACAAAAGCAAAAUGAAAUGUUUUAUCUCUAUGUUGUUUACGUGCUUGAUUAGAAGGCAGAAGUAAAUUCAUCAUACAGACCCCAUCAAAAUGAAAGUAUACGAAUGAAACGGAAUAAGUCUGGGACGGUUUAGUUUCUACUCAGCUGCUUCUUUGCUUUUAUAACAAAAAUUUAAUGUUGCAGUCUGUUUAAAACGUUGGCAUAUCAACGCGCACAGUCACUGAAUGAAAACAACAGUCACGAUCACGUUCUUCGAAACCGACCAGACGCGCGCGACCUACCACUGUUAUGGUAAGCAAUUAUCCUGAAGGUGUUAAUGUUCCCGUGACAGUCUUCGCACUGAAGGUGUAAAUGGUAAACCGAACGGUCGCAGAAAGACCUGUCAACUUUGAUGAUUUAACUGAUUAAAUUAUGGGACAGAAAGUUUACUGCUUGCGGCUCCUCGUGAAAAGUGAUUCUUACUUCACAAGCCAUGUUUAUUACUGUGUGUAGGAGUGUGAAAUUAAUAAGCAACCAAGUUUAAUAAUUCAUGACGUCAUUCUAACCGAUCAAUCAGGUGUCGUCCUUGAAAUAACCACGCAGCAUGAGACAGAAACAAAAACAGAUUUCAAGAAAUUUUCAUUGGAAGAGGAACACGCUAGGAGGAUAUAUUCUCUUUCUUCCCUCAUUCAGUCUCUUGAUAAAGUGCAGUAAGUGUUACUCAAAGAAUAAACUCUCUUUAACUAUCGCUUUUUAGGAGCUCUAUCCGCGCCUCGAAGUGCCACAUUCGGACAAGGAACAGGAACUAUUCGGCUUGGUGACGUUGGUUGUAAGGGAAGUAAAGCAAACCUCGCUCACUGUUCACACAAAGAUUAUAUCGCGGACUGUAAUCAUUUACAUGAUGCUGGCGCUGUUUGCCGAGAGGGCGUCCUGGACCCACAGCCAAGAAUACCAUGUCAAUGAAGUAUUAUGUAAAAUAAGUUAUGUUUCAUUCCGUAAACUACGAACUUAGUUUGCCUACUGUUAAGCAUUCUAGAACUGAGAGAUCACUUAAUUAUCAUUGCAUUUUUCCUAAAGCCUGAGCUUUGAUAAAAAAAUUACAUUUUAUAUUUAAUUGAGAUUAGGAAGUUUUGCUUAGUUUUUAAAUUCUGUUGUAUAUGAAGCGAUGGAGUUAAAAAAAAAUAAGUAAAUAGUCGAGAGCUCUUGUAAGUUAUAAGCAAACUGUGAAGCAUCAGGCUAGAUUACCAAGUAUUUAUUCAUUCAAGUUUUACCGAGUUUCAUGAAACUAAUACAAAAACUGCAGUUUUUAGUUAUUGUCUCAUGGUGACAAAUUGCAAGAAAAGCAAAAUUAGGUAAUAUGUUGGGAGUAUAACUAUUUUACAAAGUCUCGAUGCCCUUGCAGUAACCAAAAGGAAAGUUUAAAAAUAUAUAUCGAAAAACAAAAUGUCUCAAAGGUUGAGACAUUUCUGAUAAGUAGUGUAGGAGGGAUGUUUUACGCCUCUUUUUUGCGCAGGAAUCUCAUUAGCGUGCGCAGGAAUACAUAAACUAGGUGAUGCCAUAGGCUAUUGUCUUGAUCUCAUGAAUAAAAUGCUGUGGUAUCUCAUUAACUUACGGUGGAAUCUCAUUAAGUAUAUCCAGUUUGACGGGUUUAUCAAUGAUGUCAUGUUCUGUUUUUUUCUUGUGGCGGUCAUGGUUGGUAUAACCGGUUUGACAGGUUUUAGUUAUUUUCGGAAGAUGAUGUCAUAUGUAUUCUGGGGUACUAUGUUGUCAUAGUUGUUUUGAUUGGUUGACCAGAAUUAGAAAGACGCUCAUUGGCUGUCUCGUUUGACGAAGCAUUCUGGUUGGUUGCCGUAUUUUUAUUGUUUUCCCUCCUCCUCCUCCUCCUCCACCUCCACCACCUCCUCCUUCUCAUUUUGAUUGUUUUCCCUCCUCCCCCACCUCCUCCUCCUCCUCCUAAUUUUUAUUGUUUUCCCUCCUCCUCCUCCUCUUCCUCCUCAUUUUGAUUGUUUUCCCUCCUCCUCCUCCUCCUCCUCCACCUCCUCCUCAUUUCAGACCAUAACACUUGAGUUUGGCCUUAUAGGUCUGAUUUUGGGGCGACGAGAGAGGCGUAAAACAUCCCUCCCACACUACUCUGAUAUGAUUGUGCUUCAUUUGUAGAUCGUCUUGUGGAAGGGUUAAGCCGUAGUGAAGGCCGAGUGGAGGUGUUUCAUAAUCGACAAUGGGGAACAAUUUGCAACAGAGGCUCAGAUCUAACAGCUGCAACAAUCAUGUGUCAGAUGCUAGCCUAUACUGGUGCCAUGGAAACGUCAAGUUAUGGCAAAUAA